AUGGAACCGGAGGGCCCCUGCGGCCUGGAGCCCUUCCUGAGGGCGCUGUGCGAGGCUGCCGGCGACCAGGAUCGGGGGGUGAGGGCACAGGCGGUCCUGUCACUGCGGGAGUUAGGGACCCGCCACCCAGAGCCGGUGCUGGCCGCCUGCCACGACUACCUGGGACGGCGGGGACGGCUGGAGGAUGAGCACCGGGCCUCCCUGCUGCGCAGCAUGGCCGAUGUGGCCCGCGACGCCGGGCAGCGGGCCAGAGGAGGCAUUGCGAGGCGCCUCCCUGGAGGCCCUGGGUGACCUGCUGGUGGCCCUGGGCCGCACCUUCGCCCAGGAGCCCUCGCCCGCGUGGUCGAGGGCAACCCCCGUGGCACACUGGCCCACCUGCCCGGCAUCCUAGAGGCAGCCGUGCCGUUGCUGGGCCAGGCCCAAAACGACCGGGCCAAGGCAGCCCUGGCCUCAGCCCUGGGCUCAUUUAGCCGCGGAAUCCUGACCUGCCAGAGCGAGCCAGCGGAGUCCACGCCCGGGAAAGAGGCCUUCGCCCAGGAGAUGGAGGCGGCCUACCGCAUUCUCUUCCAUGACUGGCUGCCGCGCAGGGACGCCAGCCUCCGGCGCGAGGUCUUGUUGGCGCUGGGGGAUGUUGUACGCCUGCUCCCUCCCGUCAGGCUGCGGGAGGAGCUUCCAGUGCUGCUGCCGGCCCUGCUGGCCUGCUACCGGCAGCGGGCUGAGGUCCAAGCCGUCACCCGCUGUCUGGGACGGGUGCUGGAUGCCUCCGUGGUGCUCGGGUAUGUGGCCCUGGAGCACCAGGCUGAGGCCCUCCUGCCACCCCUCCACCGUCAGGCCUGUGGGGCCUCUGGGCCCAGCGCUGAGCUGCUCAGCUGCUUCACCAUCCUGGCCCAGGCCUCGCCAAGUCAGCUGCUGGGUUUCCUGGGCCAUCAGACAGUGGGUAACGAGAGGGGCCGGCUGGGGGCCCUGGCCGUGUUACGGCACCUGCUGGGCUCCCGCCUGGGUCAGCUGCAGCAGGCGGGUCCAGCGGGCAGCCCUGGAGGUGGUGGAGGGUCUGGUCACUGGGGGUUACCUGGAAGGGGAGCCGAAGUUGAGGAGACCGAGCUGAGGGCCCGGGCUGAGGAGGUGCUGGGCCGGGCCGUAGCCAACCAAGGCCUGGAGCGUCUGCUGUGGCCGUCGCUCCUGACCUACGUCACCCCUGUGCGGUAUACGGGUGCACUGGCCCCCCUGUGCCGGGCGCUCGGCCUCCUCUGCCACAGGAGGUGCCAGGCCAGCCCGGGGGCCCUGUCCCUCGAGGAGGGGACCGGCCUGCCCUCUGCACAGGCCCUGCUGGCCCGCCUGCUGGCUGCCGCCUCCCUGCCCCAUGAGGGCAGCGGACGGGGAGCCCCGGCCCUGAGGCUGCUGCUGGCCCUUGGCCCCGCCCUUCACCCAGCCCUGGAGCGGCCCUGGGGAGCGGAGCUCCCUGACCUGGUGGCUUUUGUGGAGCAGGCCCCCGUGGGCACCUUCCUGCAGCAGCAGUGGGAGAAGAGCCUCCUGCUCCUCCUCUUCAAGAGCGCCGAGGCGGUGGCCGAUGCCGGCUGGAGCCACCGGCUGGCCGAUGAGCUUGCGGCCCUCGCCGGGGCCUGGCAGGUGGCCUCGGCCUCCCCAGCCCUCCGCUCCCUGGCGCCCAGGGAGAGGCAGUUCCUCUACAAGUGCAUUGGCAUCAUGCUCCAACACAGCGGCUCCGCGGAGCUAGUCAGCCGCCACCUCCGGCAGAUGCUCCACAGCGUGCGGCCCGGAGAGGCGGCGGAGAGGGAGGGCGCGGCCCUCGGCGUGGGCCUGUGCGCCAUGGCCCACCUGGCUGAGACCCUGGCCCAGCUGGAGGAGCUAGCCAGGCCCGAGGCCUGGAAGAAGGCGGCCAGCUUCUUUGGGGCGCUGACGGAGAGGCUGGAGGGCGACGCGGAGAAGACAAAGGGCACCCUUAUUCUCUGCUACGGCUACGUGGCCCUCUACGCCCCCAGGAGCCUCCUCCUGCCCCGGCUGGAGAGCAGCAUCUUGCCGGCCAUCCUCAGCCUCUCCCACACCAAGCUGCUGGGGAUCAAGUUGGAGAGCAAAGACCCAACCAUCCAGCAAUGCUUCAUCCGGGCCGUCACGCUGGUGGCGAAGGCCCUGGUCGGCAGCGAGUACCAGCAGACUUACCGUCUGGCCAAGAAGGGAGAGCUCCUGGCCAGCAUGCAGGCCAUCAUCCGGGCCGAGUCCCAGGGGCCGCUGCGGACCCCCGUGAGGCAGCUGGCCCUGAUCGCCUGCACCCAGCUGCUGAAGCUGGGGCCGCCACUCAAUGGCGCCUACGUGACCGAGCUCAUCAAGGCCUGCCUGGACAGCGUGCUGGGGCUGCCACUGGAGGAGAAAGAGGCCACACGAGGAGAGGAUGGCGCCCGGCCGGGUCUGCACAGCGAGGCACUGUCAGCCCUCCAGGGGCUCCUCGACGAGAUUCUCCGCCAGGACCUCAGCCCCGGGGGGUUCUGGGCCCUCUUCAAGCAUGUGGAAUCCUGGCUCGCCUCAGCCAAGGACCAUGAGAGAGAGCGGGCCAUGGGCAUCACCCACCGGCUAACGGCGCUCUACCUGGAGGAGGCGGGUGCCCAGACCGGGACAGAGUUUGGGCCCCUGGGGACCACGGUGGGGCGUCUGACUCCCCGUCUCGCCGACCCAGUGCUCAGGCUCCGGGGCCAGGCACUGGCCAGCAUCUGCGCCCUCUUCGACGUCCACCUCCGGCAUCGGGGCCUGGGCGAGGGGCGGCCCGACGAGCCUCUGGAGCGUCUGCGGGCCUGGGGCGAGCAGCUGGACCGAUGCGACCACCAGCGCCUCCUGAAGGCCCUCACCGACCUGGCUGGGGUCCUCUCCCGGCACCUCCCCCGUGGGCAGACUGCCCCCCUCCUCUUUGCCCUCUUCGAAGGGCUGGACGAGCCCUUCCCCAGCAGCUCAGGCGCUGCUGCCUUCGUCAUGAACACCAUGGCCUCAUCCUGCGGCCCCGCCCUGCGGGACCAUGUGGCCUCCAUCCUCCGGGCCCUCACCGUCCGCCUCCAGUGGAGUGCCUCUGACCAGAUCAGGCUGUCCGUCAUCCGCUUCAUCAUGCUGCUGGCCUCGCAGAACACGGCCGAGACGGUCUCCUGCCUCCUCGCCUCCCCGCUCCCCCUCGACCGGAACGUCCGGGACGUCUGGUGCGCGCUGGGCGGCGAGACCCCGCUGGCCACGGCUGCCAUGGAGCUGCUGCUGGAAGCCCUGGGCCCCGGGGAGAAGGUGUGCCCCUGCUCGGCCGUGGGGCCCCUGUCAAUGGUCGGCGCCCUGCGGGCGAUGCUGUCCAACCCGGAGUCAGCGGAAGCGGCCUCGACCCUCUACCCCCGCCUGCUCGGCGCGUUAUUGCUCCAGCUCAGCGCCGUUCGUAAGACAGAGACAUCGGAGACGGCCGAGGCUCUGCGGGCGGUGCUGAUCGUCGGCGGCACGCCGGGGGUGGCAGACGGUCUGCGGGAGAGCGGCGGCUGGACGAAGCUGAGGGCCCCCAGCGAGCAGCCCGAGGGAGCCGCCCUCCUGGCCCGGGCCAUGGCCGCCCACGCCCGUCCCCGGCUGGUCGCUGUGGCCCACCGGCUGUCUGGGGCCCUGCCCGGAGCCACUGGGACCCAGCGGGCCGCCCUGACAGCCUUCCUGGGUGAGCUGCUGGCCCAGCCAGUGGCCGCCGAGCUCCACCUCACGGACUCGCUGGUGGCCUGCCUGCUGGGCCUCCUGCGGGACCCUGCGCCUGGCGUCCGGCUCCUGGCCAUCCGUGGGCUGGCCAACCUGUCGGUCGGGGACCCGCAGCAGGUGGGGCCCUACUCCUCGCAGCUGCUGGCGGCCCUGGUGCUGGGGGCGGGCGACCCCGAUGACCCGCAGGACCUGGUCAAGUUGGAAUCGCUGGCGAGCCUGGCCCGGCUGCUGCCCCUGCUCCCGGAAGGCAGUGCUGUCACCCAGCUAGGCUCCAUCGCCGCCGCCCUGCAGCCCCUCUUCGAGCAUCAGAGCGGGCCGGUGAGGGCCGAGGCCUUCAACCUCUUCGGCAGCCUGUCCCGCUUCGGCAGCGGCGAGCUGGGCCACGCCUACACCGAGCACGUCCGCAACAGCCUGGUCAGCUUGGCCCUCCACGCCCACGACGAGGACCCUGGGGUGUCGCGGGCCUGCCAGCAGGCCCUGGGGCAGGCCGGGCCCCUGCUGGGCUCCGAGGGUCUCUCGGCGGCCCUCCCCCCGGCUGCGGGCGCCCCUCUGGACUACUGGGACUUCCUCCGGCACUUCGCUGCGGCGCUGGCGGCCGACCUCCCGGCUCAGGUCGGCGGCUGCCUGGCACUGGGCGUCGCGUUCUUCCGGAGCCUCCUGCCCCAGAUCCGGGGCAACGCCGUGGCCUUCGUGGCCUCCCUGCUGCACCAGCUGCCCCGCCAGUACCGCCAAUUCGUCCCCAGCGGCAACGCCUGCUCAGACAUCAUCGCCCUCCUGCAGGAUCCCGUGGCCAGUGUCCGAGCCACGGUGGCCAAAGCCCUCGCCCUUCUAGACUGA